UGAAUUUUGAAUGCUGCCCCUUACCCCAAAAGGAUAUGUUCUGUGACAUUCAGACAGAGUAUUGACAGAGUGCGUUCUUUAGAUGCAUCGAGGCAAACACGAUGUGCUAUUAGAGAGUAGUGGAGUUCCUACGCUCUUAUUAUGGUAAUCAUGAGCUUCCCCUCGUCCAGUUCAAAAGAGUUCAAAAGGCGAUAGAGUUUGAGGGAGUCAAUCACUCAAGCCUACCGCUGAGCCUCACAACUCACAACUCCUAUUGCUCAACUUCUGCUCUUCUUCAACGCUAUGCCGGUCCACAGAAGCAGUGACGACUAUCCUCGUCGAUCCCGUCGACUAUCGCGGCAAGGACCAAAAUCUUACGAUGAGGACGGUUUCGAACAUUUCGAUGCCGCGGAUAUCUUCCGGUACCCUUCUGAACCUGCGUCAGUCGAUACCUCCGCUUCGAGCUCCCCACCCCCUUCUCCUUCGUUCUUCCGUCGUUCUGAACCCUACCCUACUGUUCGAGCUUCUCACGGAAAACGCAAAGGCAACGAUCAUAUUCCUCGUCCCCCGAAUUCAUUUAUUGUCUUUCGGUCGCAUUGGUGGUUAGAAAAUAAAGGCUGCCCUGCCGUCGAAACCGAUCACAGAGAAGUCAGUCGCAUCGUUGGCCGCCAUUGGAGGGCGCUGUCAGAGGAUGAGCGCCAGCCGUUCAGGCGAGAGUCGGAGGUUCUUAAAAGGGAGCACGCUCUCAAAUAUCCCGGGUACAAGUAUGCACCCGGUACUCGCAAGUCCAAUAAGCUGAAGAAGAAGGUCUCCCGGGACAGCCGGGCGGAGAAAGCCAAGUGCGACAAAAUUGUAGGGGACUAUUUCUUGCAGAAGCGAGUGUCCCUUACUCUCGCGGACACUGAAGUUAAGAUCGAAGCUCCCGCUACCCCGGAGCUUGUUCCAUCCCCUCCUCCCCGCUCGCCAUCACCCAGCACCUCCGCUGCUGCUUUUGUCGACGAGUUGGAACUUACUUAUCCUCCCAGCCCCAAAGGUUUCAUUCCUACGGAUGACAUUCCUUCUCUCGAUUUAUCCCCACCUAACUGCAAGGUUGAGGUCGGGCAAGAAGAGUUAUCGUUCAUGACCGCCAAUGACUAUGAAGAGUCCCAUUCGUUGAACUUUGCUUACAAUUCGAACUGGGAUUCUAACUCUCAACUCGGUUCCCCUGUGCCUAUUACACCCUUUCCCUCCGAGACCUUCUUUAACGACUGCAUUGGAUUUGAAAAUACAUCCGAGAUUGACUUGUGGAAUUCGACACCACCGCCAGUUUCACCGUUGUUCGAUCCUGCGCUGCUCGCAUCCAACCUUUCACAGAGUGACUACUUGCUCAAUUACUCCUAUUCCCUUAGUACGGCCAGUACCUUUGACGAGACAUUGAACUACGACCAGUACUUCAAUCUCUGAUUCUUUUCAUUUACUGCUAGCAUACAUAAACCCAUACCAUAUCAUACCAUUCAACUCACGUUUUAUAUCCAUUUUUCUCAUUUCAUGACACAUCGCGUUGACGCGUUC